AUGGCAGGAAUAAUCCGAAUCACGCUGUUCAAGAUCCCGGUCAAGGAGAACCAGGCGAAGCUGUUGGAUUUAUACCGGACGAUGGCUGCUUCUGCCAAAAAGGACGGCAAACCCUACAUACUGUCCCUCAACGCUGGACAAGCAUAUGAAGAUCAACGCAGCCAAGGUUACACGGUCGCCGCGAAGUCGGAGUUCAGCACUCUGGAAGAUAUGAAGUAUUAUGAUGAUGCGUGUGAGGCGCACCAGACGCUGAAGGCGGGGUUGAAGAGCUUAGGCGUUGAGGGGGUGAUGACGGUUUAUUUCCCGCCUGCUGUUGUGAGUGUUCUGUAG